CAUCUAAAUUUUAGCAACUUUGCUGAGCUGUGCCGGCUGUGCGGCAUACACCAGGGACCCAGCAAGCUGCACAUCUUCGACCCGCAGGCGGAGCAGCGCCAAUUGCUCUACAAGCUGCGCACGCUGCUGCAGGCGAAUAUAACCAAGGACGACUAUCUGCCCAAGCACAUAUGCGAGCUGUGCCUGGAGCGCCUGGAGCACUUGUACGAUUGGCGGCAGCUUUGCAUGCGCAACGAGCAUAUGCUGCGUAACUAUGCCGCCUCCAUGCACACGGUCCGAGCAACCAUAGAUUUUCAGGACGGCACCGUUAACAUGGACAAGAUGACGGUGGCCCAGAAGAACGCAUACCUGGAGGCGCAUAUGGCCGUGCAGCAGCAGAUGGCACAGGCGGCCAUCCAAUUCAAGCAACAGCAGCAGAGCUCCGUGCAGCAGAGCUCCCCAACAACCAACAACAAUAAUAACAACCAGAACAAUGGCAACAUGCAGCAGCAGCAACAGCAGCAGCAGCAGCAGCAGCAACAACAGCAACAGCAGCAACAGCAGCAACAACAACAGCAGCAACAGCAGCAACAUUACGCGGCCACCAUCAAGGUCCCACAGAUCAGUUCCUCCAGUUCGGCGGGCGGCGCUGCUGGCGCAGCGGGCGACAGCACCUUUACAGUGCCCGACGACGGCAUGGGCUUUGAGGGCGGCGUGCGUGUGCUGCAGAGCCUGGGCACUUGGUCAGCGGCGGAACAGCUCACCUACAAUAUACCAAAGCCGAAUCUGAUACCCUUCACCGAACCAUAUGUGGAGGGCGGCUCCAUGCAUCCGGCCAGUCGCCUGAAGGCGCUGCAACAAGUGCAGCAGGCAUCCUCCGGAGUGCGCAAAACAAAUCCCUCAAAGACCACCAAUAAGGCAUUCGAGUGCACCGUCUGCGGAAAGGGGCUGGCGCGCAAGGAUAAGCUGACCAUACACAUGCGCAUCCACACCGGCGAGAAGCCCUAUAUUUGUGAAGUGUGCAACAAGGCAUUCGCACGCCGGGACAAGCUCGUCAUCCACAUGAACAAGUUCAAGCACGUGACGCCCACCAAUAUUGCGCCGCUCGGCAAGCGGCUCAACAAUAUGGUCAAGAAGAAGGAGCAGCCAGAUCCGCCGCCAGAAGACAAUAAGCAGAGCUUGGAACUGCAGCUACAGCAGCAGGCCGUGCAGGUGGCCGCCCAGAAUAUUAUAGUGCAGUCGGCGCAGGGGGCGCCCACGGCAAUUCCAGGGAUCAUCAUACCACAUCACCAGCAGCAGUUGUCCUGGACGUGCGAGCUGUGUGGGCGCAUGUUCUCGAGCCGGGACGAGUGGUCCAUUCAUGCUAAGAGUCAUCUGGAGUAUUGACAACAGGAACGGUUAGUCGUAGAGUCCACAAAAACAGCAGCCGCCAUCGCUAAGAGCAACAGCAACAACAGCAGCACCAGCGGCAGUGGCAACAACAACAGCAGUAGCAACAACAACCAUAAUCGCGGCUAUCAAAUUGAUGCAAACCGAAACCAAAUACUCAACAACAGCCCGCAAAUGGAGGCACAUGCACGCAGCCAGAAGAUAAUCAUACAAAAUCAGAUGAUCCUCAAUGCCAGCCAUCAGCAGCAGCAGCAGCAGUCGCAGUCGCAGCAGCAACAACAUGUUGCUGGCGGCAAGAAAGCGACCAGAAAGCACCACCAACAACAACAACAACAGCAGCAGCAACAGCAGCAACAAGCACAGACCAGCGCGCCUAUGUACAAUAAUAACACCAACAGCAAUAACAAUAACAACAACAACAGCAGCAAUAACAACAACAACACCAGCAACAACGGCAAUAAUCAGGGACAUGAAGUGUCAGUGCCCGUCUCGCACAUAAUUGCCAACUCACCAACAGCAGCCACUUACAUGCAGGCCCAACUGACCGGCCUGCACACCGGCAACACCAUCGGCGUCGGCGUUGGCGUUGGCGAUACUGGCGGCAACAUGAACAUGCCCAUCGUCACCUACAAUGGGAAUCAGUAUUGCGUUAUAACCCGUGCACCGGAGUCGGAUGCGAUUGCCAUGCAGAAGCAGUCGCUGCCCCUGGACUAUGGCCAGGCCACCACAGCCAAUAUUAUUGUAAUGUCGCCAAUGCUGCCCCCGCAACAACAACAGCAGCAGCUGCAACAACAACAACAACAGCAGCAGCAGCAGCAGCAGUAAACGAAGCUCGUUCAUGAUUCGCAAAUUAAGUACUGAGAAAAUGAGGCGGAAAAUUUAAGCUGGCAUCGGUGCAUGGCCCGAGGCGUUGGUGGCGUUGUCUCAUUAGCCAAGCCCCUGAAUUUCGAUAUUGGAUAUCGAAUAUCGGCAGUAAAUGGCGUCUCAUAACUGGCAUUUGACGAUGGGGAGAAAGGCAGCCGCAUUGCUGGCCAGGUAAACGGAUAGGAAAGUGCGCAGCCUCAGGAUCCGUCUUCAAGUUUGCAAUUAGCCUCAGCUCGCAAGCAGCUAUAAAUACAAACUGUAAAUAAAGUUUUUAAAAAACAAAAACAAAAUUAAAUUAAAAAAAAAAAAUGAUUUUAAGAACACCUAAGUAUAUGUUUAAUUCUAAGAGGUAAACCAUACAAGACCGAGAGAUUUUUUCAAAUAGUUUUCGCAUGUAAUGCUUCUUAAAUUCAAACAGAAAGUCGUUUUUUAAAUGUUUCGUUUUAAAAACCCAUAACUAAGCAAAUACAAAUAAGAAUAAUGUUUAUGUGAAUUGAAAACAAAAAGGAAAAGCAAAUGUAAACACCAUUAACUACGUAGUCUAAGUCAUUUUACAUAUCCAUUGAAAAUCUCUAAAAUCAACAUACAAAUAAUACCCAUACAGCCAUAAACUGAGAUAUUAUUUAAUUAUUUUUGAACAUUCGUAGUUUUUGUUGAAACCAUCUUCAGUUCAGCAUUUGAAGUAUCUAUGAAAAUGAGCUAUCAUUUCGAUGUGCAUCAAUUUAUUUGUAUAAUAGUUCGCGUUUCAAUCAAUUGUUUAUAAUUAUGCUAACGGCAAUACAAUAUCUAUGUCUUAAAAAGGAAAAACAAACAAUACCUAUGUAAUAAUGUAAGUAGUUCAGUAGUGUCCGUCAAUGAUACUCACAUUCAGAAUUACUACAGCAACUGUGUGGAAAACGAUGGUUAAUAUAUUAAAUACAAUAAAAUCUAACAAA